GAGUCUCAGCAGUCUGGGCGGGAGACCAACACUGCGCAUGCGCAACUGUUGCCAUGGCGCAGCCGGGCGCCGUCGAGCAAACUGUUUCUCCAACUUAAAAGUCUUAUUUCGAGCCCAGCACGUCGGCAGAUGAGCUUUUGUCUCAUCUUGUCCUUACGUCCUCGUUUUGUUUGUUUUUUUUUUUUUUUUUGCCGCUUGUAGCGUGACGUGACGCUUCGGCACGGUUGAAAAAAAAAAAAUGAUCACUCGCUGGAAAUCGCGCAUUGUUUUGAUCUUAAAGCGGUGAUGACUCGGCGCUAGGAGAUCACGAGCGUUGCAUCCACGGGUCACAGGAGAGCCGUAGCCCAUCCCAGCUACCUUCGGGCGAAAGGUGGACUACACCCCGAACCGGUCGCCGGUCAGUCGCAGGGCACAUUUCAACACCAUCGCUCACCGGGAAUCAAUCCCACACUGGUCGCACCAAAGUCAGAUGAACCUCCUCAGCGGGCAGCUGAGGCGGACGGCCCCCAUGCACGGCAGCAGUCGAAACGAGCUGGUCCCGUCCAAGACGCCGCGCUCCAACGGCUGGACGUGGCCCCCUCAGGUCUUCCAAGUCGUGGCCUGGCUGGUGUACAACUACUUGGCCGUCGCGGCCUUCGGCAUGUUCAUUCCGCUCCUCCCGCCGCCCUGGAAACACGUGCUCUACGCCGUGACAGGUUUAGCUUUCCUCGUGCACUUGCUCAGCCACGUCGCCGCGGUGACCAUUGACCCGGCCGACGACAGCGUGAGGGCCAAGAAGACCCACAGCGGGCCGAUGCCGCUUUUUGACCGCACGGUGCAGCGUCACGUCAUCCAGGACCUGCACUGUUACCUUUGCGACGUCAAGGUUGGGCCCAAAGCCAAACACUGCAGCGUUUGCAACAAGUGCGUGUCUGAUUUUGAUCACCACUGCCAAUGGCUCAACAACUGCGUGGGCGGCAGGAACUACAGGUACUUCUUUGCAGCAGUGACCUCCGCGGCGGUCGGCGUGGGCCUGCUGGUCGCCGUCAUUUUGUUCGUGUUCAUCCAGCACUAUCUGAAUCCAGGGAUCCUUCGGACGGACCCGCAAAUACAUGGUCUGUUGGCAAACGACACCUGGCUGGUGUUUUUACCAUCAUCCCCCGUAAAGACGAGUUCGGCCGGUCUCCUCAUCGUGGCCUUCUUCACCGCCGUACUCAGCUUCACGUGCCUGCUGCUGCUCUGGCACCUGCUCUGCUUCCAUUUCUACCUCUUGUCCAAAGGGUUAAGCACGUAUGAGUACAUUAAGCUGCAGCGUCCGAAAGAAGCCAGAAGCGGAGACGCCGAAGUGGGAAAUCCGCGCGACACGCAGACAAACAACAAGGUCUCCCAGAAUCCAGUGAGAUCUAUGGACUGCGAGCCGAUCCAAAUUCACGGCGCAAGCAGUACUUGCAAGUCUGACGAUAAAGGACCGCUUUCCAGCCGACUGUCGGAGCCCAUCUGCACCGAGAUGGAACCCAUUAAUAAAUCAUCAGAGAAGAACGCCGCCUUUCAUCAUGAAGCACAGAAGUCUGCAGAGAAAGAGAGAGACGGCGAUAUGACCCCCGCGAGCACCUGGAAGCCCGACGCCGGCGACGAAGCGACGGGUGAAAGCGCCAAGUCAGCCGAGAGCGUUCCCGAGGCGCAGGAUCCCCUCGGAAGCUCGGCGAUGACUCCGGACGAUACGUAGCGGUCGGCGGCGCGAAAGGGGAGAUCGUUAAAGACGGGUUGCCGUGGAGGACUUUGGCGUCAAGGAGGACGUCCUCAACGUGACGCCGCCACUUGGAUACCGGUCGCAAAAGCCUUUUCGAAGACAACACUUUGUUUUUAAAUCAUUCGUACUUAGUUUGUAUUAUUUCUUUUAAUUAUGUCGACUAUUUUUUGUUCCUGUUAUGGACUCGCAUGAUGGUCCAACUUCACUGUCAGUGUGCCAUUAAUGUUAUGUAGAUGUUUUUUUGGCAUCUGAAGAUCCAAAAAAAACUGGUCCAAACUCAGGGCAGUAUCGCUUAAAUCAUUCGGUUUUUUCUGCCGCCCAAAGCGACGUCCUUGUAUGGUCAAACCGACCCAUGCGUUGAGAAGGAAAGGUGGGCCGCAUUCUCGUGUCAUUUUAUUUCAAAGUAAAGAAUCCAAAACUAAAUUUA